CGCAGGAGCGAUGAGAGACGGGCUUUUUUUUUUUUUUCUUCCUUUUUUCGCUGCGAUCAGUGUUUUCAUCAAUAGAAUCGUUCUGUAGCUGCUGUGUCGUGGACGUUUUCUGCCACUUCUCUCGCGGCGCCGCGCGCCAACUUGGAUUCUCUGCUCACCUGCGCGCACACACGCACACACACAAACACACAGCCGUUGUUGUGCCACAAUGGCAAGAUGCUGAUGCGCUCUGACACGUGUGUCAGGUGUUUAUGAGAUGGGGAUCCAUGUGCGCUGAUUGCCAUGCACGCUUUGACUUGAUGCCUGGCUCCUCCGGCAGGCUGAGGGACACAACAGGUCUGGCGAGGGGCCCUCCAUGCCAUGGAAGAAUGCAAGCAGAUCAUGGCACGCCAGAAAUCUAACAGCCAGUCCGACUCACAUGAUGAUGAGGUUUCUCCCCCACCGCCCAACCCUGUCGUCAAGGCCCGCCGCCGCAGGGGAGGGGUCAGCGCUGAGGUCUACACCGAGGAGGAUGCUGUCAGCUAUGUUCGCAAGGUGAUCCCAAAAGACUACAAGACCAUGACCGCCUUGGCCAAGGCCAUCUCCAAGAACGUGCUGUUCGCCCACCUGGACGACAACGAGAGAAGUGACAUAUUUGAUGCCAUGUUCCCAGUGACCCACAUCGCAGGGGAAACCGUUAUCCAGCAAGGUGAUGAAGGGGACAACUUUUAUGUGAUUGACCAAGGUGAAGUGGACGUGUAUGUGAACGGUGAGUGGGUGACCAGUAUUGGAGAAGGAGGUAGCUUCGGAGAGCUGGCCCUGAUCUACGGGACUCCUAGAGCCGCCACCGUCAAGGCCAAGACUGAUCUCAAACUGUGGGGAAUCGACCGAGACAGCUACCGCCGCAUCCUCAUGGGUAGCACGCUGAGGAAGAGAAAGAUGUAUGAAGAGUUCCUCAGCAAGGUCUCCAUCCUCGAGUCUUUGGAUAAGUGGGAGCGUCUGACGGUGGCCGACGCGCUGGAACCUGUGCAGUUUGAAGAUGGAGAGAAGAUCGUGGUGCAGGGAGAACCCGGCGAUGACUUCUUCAUCAUUACGGAGGGCAUCGCCUCUGUUCUGCAGCGCAGGUCCGACAAUGAGGAGUAUGUGGAGGUUGGACGCCUCGGACCCUCUGACUACUUCGGCGAAAUCGCCCUGCUGUUGAACCGUCCCAGGGCAGCCACCGUAGUCGCCCGCGGACCCCUGAAGUGCGUGAAGCUGGACAGGCCCCGCUUUGAGCGUGUGCUGGGCCCAUGCUCAGAGAUCCUCAAGAGAAACAUCCAGAGAUACAACAGCUUCAUCUCUCUCACUGUGUGACAGGUCGGCCCCCCACCCCGCGCCCACCCUCCCCCGUCCGGGCCCCCACCAGCAGGCGUGUGCAACAUCAGCAUCAGAGUUUUCGGUCAGUGGGUGGGAAGGGGGCGAGGACGCGGGGUGAAGGACAUGGGUUUUACAUCUACAGUGACAGGGUGCUCGUUUCUUUUUCAUUUUUUAUUUUUAUUUUUUUCCCAUUUUGCGCGUUUCUUUCUUUCGACCUCGUGCACUUUGACUUGAUCUGUGCUGUCACGUAGCUUUAUUUAAAGAACAACACGCAGGGGUGUACAAAUCUGAGACUGGUUCAGCUCAUUAUGUGAUGUAAAUGAGUCGUGCAUACAGCGUCCAUGAAGCAUGCUUCGAGUCCGACAGAGAGCGGUGUUUAGCACUUUCAUCGACUUACGAAAGGAACGGAUGAAUUCAGGAAAUAAGAAGGAAGCUAAGUCAUGUUUACGUGCGGCGCGGGAGGAAGUGAGUGCAGGUUUCUUCGCUCGCUGGCUGUGGUUUGCCUUUUUUUUUUUUGUUUUUUGUUUUUUUAAACGACGUGACGCCGUUUUUAGAUCGCGCACGACACAGACCUCUGUUCUUUGAAAAUGUAGCUGUAGAGGCGUGAAGAAAAAUAACAUUCUUGGCUGUUUCAUUCGUUUCGAGUGCUUCUUACGUGUGCUUUUACUGUCGUGCAUCGGUCGGGAGUUUGUUAGCGUCGACGUGUCCGGUCGGAUGCUACACUUUCUCCGUUUCUUUCGGUUUUUUUAUCGUCAACAAAGCCCGUGAACGGAGCGACAUUACGAUGUCAAACUGACCCAUGUACAAAUAUUUCAUGAGAUUUGUUGACUAUAAGAUAAAAAUCUAGAAAAUCACCAAAGUUAUCCUUUUGCAUUUAUGUGGUGCGUGCCAGACAAAUUAAUUAAUUCAAUUUUUGUUUUCUUUUAAAUAGAAAUCCUCUCUCAUUUCGGUAUAUUUCCUGAAGCGGCUCAGUCCGAUCUGUGAGCUGCGGUAUUUUAAAAGCUCAGUGGUGUUAUCAGACCUCUCCUCAAAACACAAACAGAGUCUGAAACACACAACCAUACUGUAUAUGCUUACACUGUCUCAGGACUAAAUAAAUCCUCCACACGCACACACACACACACACAAACACAAACACAAACACAGGUCUUACCUGACGCUUUUCUUAGCUGGUUUUGUUCCAUGUUGUAUUGCUAGAUAAAAGCUUUUGCACCACUUUAGAGUUUGUGACUUUCGAUCAACGCAGCGGUUUGAGUUGAGCUGUUUUUAAGAACAUGACUUCUAUCUACUGAACAAUAUAUUUACUUGUGUUGCUUUUUCCUCUGUCAAACUUGCACAACCGACCCAGCGACUGGUGUUGCAUAAACGGGACGUCCAGAAAAGAAUCGUUCUGUAUUCUCUCUUCGUGUGUAUCUUUUAUUUUUUUCUUCUUCUUCUUUCAACUAUCAAACCAUCUUGAGCAAAUAAAGAUAAGCUUCUGAAAUC